AUGAAAACAAUACCAGAAACAAGAGUAUCCCCAGAAGUGUGGAGAGAGAAGUUGAGAACUGGGGUUUCCGCAGAGAGAGAAAAGGACAAAACAGCUAUGGCUUCCAACUUGCAGAUGAGUCCUCAGGUGGAGCAGAUCCACGGUGAAAUUCGCGACAACUUUCGUGCGCUCGCAAAUGGCUUUCAGAAGUUGGAUAAGAUUAAAGAUGCCAAUAGACAAAGUAAUCAGCUUGAAGAACUCACGAACAAGAUGAGGGAGGCCAAAAGGUUGAUAAAGGAGUUUGAUCGUGAAAUUAAAGAUGAAGAGGGAAGAAAUCCCACAGAUGUGAAUAAGCAACUCAAUGAUGAAAAACAAUCAAUGAUCAAAGAGCUAAACUCAUAUGUGGCAUUGCGAAAAACGUACAUGAAUACCAUUGGAAAUAAAAAACUUGAACUUUUUGACAAUGGAGCUGGAGCAAGUGAACCUACAGCUGAAGAUAACGUUCAACUGGCAUCAGAAAUGUCAAAUCAAGAACUCAUCAAUGCUGGGACAAAGACUAUGGAUGAAACUGACCAGGCUAUUGAGAGAUCCAAGCAGGUUGUACAUCAAACAAUUGAGGUUGGCACCCAAACUGCUGCUACGUUGAAAGGCCAAACAGAACAAAUGGGCCGUAUUGUUAAUGAGCUUGAUUCAAUUCAGUUCUCAAUUAAGAAGGCCUCCCAACUUGUUAAGGAGAUUGGUAGACAGGUAGCUACAGAUAAGUGCAUCAUGCUGUUUCUGUUCCUUAUCGUCUGUGGUGUAAUUGCCAUUAUUGUUGUGAAGAUUGUGCAUCCCAACAACAAAGAUAUUAGAGAUAUCCCAGGAUUGGCACCUCCAGUUCCGACAAGAAGGCUUUUGUACGCAAGGACUACAGAUAAUUUCGAUUAA